AUGAACCAGAUUUUCUAUCCUCUGACUUAAGUAUAAAGAACCUCAAGCAGACAAAUUAAUAAAGUGGUUUACUAUAGUAAUCCCUUGCCAGAAAUAAAACUAAAAUCUAACGAUCUAAAAUAAUCCAUAUUCGAUUGGUAUCAAUCACUCUAAUUUCAAGGUUGAGACAACUAAAUUAGGAACAAUUGGACGAUGUGCUCUCCUUUACAUCCUACUUUAGAGUUUAUUUAUAUCUCAAAAUGUUCAAGAUAGAUCAAAAUGGGCUACAUGAAUAUCAGGAAUUAUUAUGUAGUCCUUUUGAAGUAAAUGUUGCUGAAGAACUCGGCAGAUAUUAUUCUAUUUAAAAUUGUAAGCGUUUAAAUAAGAUUGAUUUAAAUGCACAUAAGGUAUUUCAUAAAUUUCAAUAAAUUAAAGUACAUCCUUGAUCACAUCUAUGUGUCUGAUUAUGAAUGGUUAUUUGAUACUAUUACAUUAAGAGGGGAUGUUGAACAGAUUAUAAAUUCAUUUGAAACAAUAUCCAAUGGAACCAUAUUUACAAGCUUGGGAGAAUUGGAAUCUCAUGACACUGAAGGAUAUUAUGAAAUUAACCUCAAAAAACAGAAGGUCUAUUAGACAUUGCCUGAAUUAUUGGUUGAAGAAUUCUAAAUUGCAAUCUUAUUAAAGUAAUCAUUCAAUCAAAUAUUGUAGAUAUCGUUAAUCUUGUGAGGGAAGCAAUUACACUUACCAUAAGAAUUUAUUGAAUUUGAAUCUUGUGAGAUUUAAUUACGCUUCGUUAAACUUAAAUUAAACUUUUCUUGAGUUUUAGUAACUGUUUACCUAACAAUCGAAUCAGAAGUAAUUCAUUAAUGAACUGAACCUAAUUCAUUGUUGGAAUGAAGGGAUCAAAAUGAACCCAUUGUAGUGUCAAAUCCUUUGCAAAGAAGUUUAAUACUAUUUUAAUCAACCAAAAGAAUUGUUUUCAGUUCCUGUCAAGUAAGUUCUUAAUGAAUAUGUGCUCUUUUGCAAAUUUUUGAUUUCAAAAACGUUGCUCAAGGAAUUUCCUUUAAAUUAAGCACCUGAGAUUAAGAGAAUCAAACCAGAAUAAGAGAAACAAAAAUAACAAUAAUUGCAAUAGGUAGGCAAGCUAUUUAAAAACCCUUCAAAAUCGCAAAUAUUACCUGAAAAUGAUCAAAGGCUAUUUAGCACAAGUAAUGAGGAAAUAGAAAAUAUUUUAUAUGAAUUCACUACUUCAUUUAUGAAAAGAUUAGUGGAUGAGACAUUUAUAGAAUUGGAAAAUCAGAAGAAAUUCAAAAAGUAAAAAUAGAAAAAGGCGAAAAAUCAGAAGAAACAAUAUAUGAGUGAAUGUACAUCAAAUUGUACUGAGUAUUAAUAGAUGCAAUAAUAGCAAGAGAUUCAAUUUGGAGAUGAAGAGUGGAUAAACGAUACGUAAACAAAGAAUCAAAAGAAAAAACAAAGAAGAAAGGAGUAAUUAUUUCAUUGUUAUAUUAGGAAUCAAGAAAAGAAGAAACUCAAAAAACUACCUGAAAUUUAAUAGGUAGAAUCAAGUGAAAGUGUUCAAACCUAAUAAUUUGAACCUUCAGUCCAAAUUGAAAUCUAAAAAGAUGAAGAAGUAUAAGAAUAAGUCUAGGAGACUUUUCUUUGUACAACAACCUCUACGCAUGAUGAUGAUGGAGAAUUCAUUGAAGUAACAAAGAAGAAAUUUAAUGGGAAGAAAAAAAAAUAAAAUAGCAAAAAGGAAAAAGAAUAAAAGGAAGACCAAGCUGAAAAACAAGCAAUUUUGAUGAAAAAAUCAAAUUCUUCAUAGCAAAAUUAUCUAUCUGACGAUUACAAAAUGGGUAAUACUACUCCCCCUAAGACUCUUUCUUAGAAAAAAGAGUAGGAUAGUACUCCCUAGAGACCUGGCUUAGUCAAAAGUGCAAGCAAAGAAUAAAAAACAUAUAAAUAUGAUUUGGAGAAAGAGACUCUUGAAAAGAUAUAUUAAGGAAUUUUGGAACAUAAGAUUUCAAGGGAUAUUUAAUCAAUCUAUCAGAAAGAAUAGGAUAAUUUACUCAAGUUUAGAACUGCAAGAGAAGUUGCCAUACUAAGAGUGUAACAUAUUAUUAAGGCACAUUUUUUCUAAUUUUAAGUUGAACCUGUUAUUUUUGGCUCUUCUAGAACAGGUCUAGCUCUUCAUGAUAGUGAUGUUGAUAUGGUAGUUUUUGGAUUACCAGUGUUCACAAAGGCAUAACUAUUUGAUCCUAUGAGGAAACUCUUGGAAGUAUUCUCAUAAAUGAAAUGGGCUAUAAGUUACAAGUAUUUAUCCUAACACAACUUUUAGACAUAUAUUUUAAGCAACAAUUCCUUUAAUCAAAAUAACAAUUGAUCCUUCAAUUGGAUUUCUAGAGUUUGUAGGAAACCCCCUUUAUUAUGUGAUGAAUCAUCGAAAUAUCGAUUAAUUUAAUCUAAAAUACGGAGAAUUAUGUAUUGAUUUGAUUUUUAAGUAAAGCUUAAAACAUCUAAAUUGACAUCACGUUUGAAUUACAACAACCAUAUCCAAUGUAUGGGUAUUAAGGCUAUCAUGUUGGACUUCUCUCAACAGAUUAUCAGCGUUAGGUAGGAAAUUCAGUAAAAGGCUUUACUGAAGUAGCCAUUGUCUUGAAAAAACUCUUGAAGUAUAGAGGAUUGAAUGAUUCCUAUACAGGUGGAGUUAGUUCAUUUUGUUUAACUAUUAUGUUAGCUGCUAUAGGUGAAAAUGUGACAUUGGGUGAUAAAUUGCUGCAAUUCUUGUUAAGAUAUGGGUGGAAUUUUGAUCCUGAGAAAUAAUAUAUUUCAUUGCAUUCAGAAGAAACGUUUAUGCCUAUAUAGGAUUAAGGAGAUAGAUUGCCCUUGAAUAUCAUUUCACCAAUAAAUGAUGAGAAAAUUCAGAUAUAUGUUUCAAAGAUAUAAGAAAUUCUAUAGGUUUUCAAGGAACUAUAUUUGGAAUUGAAGGAAAACAUGAAUCAAAUAGCAAUAAGUCUGCAAAAGAAAUUAGAUUAAAAGGAAUUACUAUAAUUACAUUAAACAAAUAUUGAGAAGCUUGUUGAUCUGAUCUAAUGGCAGAAUACAAAUCUUCUUGAUAGUCAUUUCUGA